AUGGCGGAUAUCCGACGCCCGUUGGCGCUGCUUGUCGGCGCCCUGCUCUCCUCCCAGUGUCUCUCUGCACCCGCCGGCGGGGCGGCUCCGGCGCCGGCCGCAAAGGGACCGGCCGGAGUGGUCCAGAUGCCCAUCAUCCACUUUGACAGUGAGGCGACGGGCAUCCUCCCCCUGGUCGACGUGGGCAUCGGUAACCCUCCGCAAAUGGUGCGGAUGAUCAUCGACACCGGCAGCAGCGACCUGAUCGCCGCCGAGACCGGCAGCGCCGUCUGCAAGGACCCGGAGCAGCAGUGCACCAAGGGCAAGUCCGGCCUCACCCUCGGCUCCUUCGACCCGAAGCAGUCCAAGGGGUUCCAGAAGGUGGCCGGGCAGACCCUCGACACCAGCUUCGGCACGGGGGAGUCCUACCAGGGUCCGAUGGUCAAGGACGCGCUGACGCUCGGGGGCGCGCAGGUGCCGGCCGCCCAGAUCGGGUUGAUGGAGACGGGGAAGAUCCCGCCAAAGACGCCGUCCUUUUCGGUCUUUGGAGUCGGCCCCGUGGGAAACGAGGGCGCCUCUACGCCAUACGUGAACGUCCCGGCUCGUAUGAAAGAGGCCGGGGUCGUCAGCAAGAAUGCCUACGGUGUAUAUCUCAACGACUUUAAGGGCUCGGAUGGCUCCAUCACCUUCGGCGGCAUGGACACCGCCAAGUUUGACGGCAAGCUCCAGGACGUACCUCUCAUCCCAGAUGAUCAAGGCAACUUCGGGAAGUUCGUGGUGAGCUUCAGUUCCAUGUCAGUAAGCGGGCAAGCCGGUGCCGGCACCCAGGGCGGCAACGGCACGGACAAGAGUAAAGGAAAAAGAAAGGGGGCCCGGGCGGCCAAGAAGGGCGGCGCCCCGGCCGCCAACCUCAUCUCCCAGCCAUCCCCGGCUCUUUUAGACACCGGCAACCCGGCGCUCAACCUCCCGCUCGAGGCCGUUACGGGCAUGGCGAAGGCGCUUGGUAUCAAGACCGAGAAAGACGGCGACGCGACCCUUCUCGGCCCGAUGCCCUGCAGCUUAGGCAGCGCCGGCAUGAACCUCGUUUUCGGCUUCGACGGGGACGCCGUCAAGAUGAACGUGCCGCUCGGCAUCCUCAUGUUUCCCGACACUGGGAAUGGCAGCGGCGGCGGCGGCGCGGCGGGCCAAUGCCGCAUGCCGCAGGUCGUCGGCUUGGAGGGCGGCUUGGCCAACGGGCUCACGAGCCUCGGCGCGCCGUUCUUGCAGGCCAUGUACGCCGUCUUUGACACGGACUUGAAUAAGAUCUCGCUGGCGCAGGCCAAGAUGAACGUGACGGAGUCCAAGGUGGUGCCGUUCUGA